AUGCAUCUAGGUGUUAGGCCAAUACCGGGUUUAGGGUCGACAUGGUUUGAAAUUCAAGUUAGUAUCGGGUUUAGGAUUAAGGUUAAGAACUCGUCUAGGAUUCGAGGCAAGAUGGGUUUGGGGUUUAGGACCAUCGAGGGUUCAACCAAGAUCGAGUUUAAGGUGCAAAAGGGUUUAUCCAUGGUUAAGUCUACGAUGCCCGAUGGAUAA